CUAGCUACUUGUACUUUUGCGUCUCAAAAGCCAAAGAUUCAUUAUUCGCAUUGGUAACUGCCCGCCCGGCCUCCAAAGUCCAAACCUCCGUCUCUAACACUCUCUGUAUCUUCAAUGGAUAUUCCGGCGGCGGCGGAGACGACUUUGACUGAUGAUGUCCCUCCUCCUCAUCCCCAUCCCCACGUACUGAUUUUCCCGUUACCCCUUCAAGGCCCGGUCAACUCCAUGCUCAAACUCGCCGAAAUACUCUGCCUCCGUCACAUCCGCGUCACCUUCCUCAACACCCUCUACGUCCACCGCCGCCUCCUCCGCUUCACCGACGUCGAGCCCCGUUUCGCCAAGUACCCCCCUCUUCCGCUUCGCCACCGUCCCCGACGGCCUGCCGGAGGACAGCCCCAGGACCGCAGAUCAAAUCCUGGAACUCAUCCAGAGCAUCGAGGAAACCACCAGCCCACUCUUCCGGAACAUGGUCCUCGCCGCCGGCGCUUCGGAUCACCCGGUGACGUGUCUGGUGGUGGACGGCAUAUUUUCGUUCGCCGUUGACGUGGCGGAGGAUGCCGGCGUGCAGCUUCUGUAUUUCGAUACCAUUAGUCCUUGUGGCCUUUGGAGUUAUAUGUGUGUCCCCAAGCUCAUUGAGGCCGGAGAGCUUCCAUUUCCAGGAAGUGAUUUGGACUCCCCCAUUAGGAGUGCGCCGGGAUUUGACGGCAUCAUACGCCGCCGAGACCUGCCCAACUUCUGUCGAGCCGAAAACAUCCACGAUCCCACCAUCCAACUUGUUCUCAAGGAAGACCAACAUCUUCCCAAAGCCCAAGGCCUCAUCUUCAACACUUUUGACCACCUCGAUGGGCCCGUCAUCUCUCAUUUUCGAGCUGCGUGCCCCAACAUCUAUGCUGUCGGCCCGCUCCACUCUCACCUAAGGGCUCGACUGCAGUCCUCCUUGCCAUCCAUCAGCAACAGCCUAUGGGAGGAGGACAUGAGUUGCAUGGAUUGGCUCGACCGGCAGCCGGAGCGAUCCGUCGUCUACGUGAGCAUCGGAAGCUUGGCCAUUAUUAGCAGAGACCAGCUCAUGGAACUUUGGCACGGGCUGGUCAAUAGCGGGUCACGAUUCCUCUGGGUUCAAAGGCCCGGGUCUGUGACCCCAUGUGCUUCGGGGUCAUGCAAUGAUGCCCCCGAGGGUUUGGUAGAGGAGACAAAGGAGAAGGGUUGCAUCGUGCAGUGGGCCCCACAAGAGCGGGUGUUGGGCCACCCGUCUGUGGGCGGGUUUCUCACCCACAGCGGGUGGAACUCUACGCUGGAGAGCAUAGUUGAGGGGGUGCCCAUGAUGUGCUGGCCCUACUUUGUGGACCAGCAGGUGAACAGCAGAUUCGUGCAGGAGGUGUGGCGGUUAGGGGUGGACAUGAAGGACGUGUAUGAUAGGGGAAGCAUUGAACGGAUGAUUCGAGAGGUUAUGGAGGAUAGAAAAGAGGAGUUCUUGAAAAGGGCAAGUGAAAUGGCUGCAUUAGCCCGCCAAAGUGUGGAACAAAGUGGCACUUCAUACAGAGAUAUGGACCGUCUCAUUGAGGAUAUUAGGCUGAUGACAAGGAAAUGAUGAAGAUUAUUGGAGCAACGGAGUCUCCUCAUUGCAUUAUAUUGCUAAAAAAAAUCCAAUUUGUGUCCUGUCACCUACACUUUCUAUUACAAAUUCAUUUAGUGUUAUUAUUAUGUUAUUAUUGUUGUUGUUUGUCAUUCCGAUUCAUGCAUGUUUUCCCAUCUUCAUUAUGGUAUCUACAAAAUAUAUUUUCAAUAUAAGAUAAUUACGAUAGCAAUUAUAUUGUAUAUGACUAUAUGCUACGGAGUAUUAAUUUUUUCUCAUUGAAUGACCCUAAAA